AUGUUACAAAUAUUAAUUGGUGUAGCCGUUGCUCUUAUCAUCUUAUCUCUUUUCAAAAAGAAUGUUCCAGGUACACCACCAAUGAUUGGAUCUAUUCCACUUAUUGGAUGUUUCCACAAGUUCGCCACUGAUCCAUUGGGAUUGGUAAGAAAAUCGUAUGACAAGGUUGGUGACGCCUUCACUCUCUACCUUAUGGGUUUCAAAAUGACUUUCCUUAUUGGACCUGAAGCACAAUCUGUGUUCUUUCGUGGUUCCGAUGAAGAGUUGAGCCCAAAGGAAGCCUACCGUUUCGUUACCCCUGUUUUUGGACCUGGUGUAGUCUACGACUCACCAACUGAAGUCAUGUAUGAGCAACUUCGUUUCGUCAAAGAUGGUUUGGUCCUCAGUCAAUUGAAGAAAUCCGUCGGUAUCAUCUCUGAGGAGACCGAGAAAUUCUUUGAAGAAAAGUGGGGUGAUUCAGGUGAAGUCGAUCUCUUGGCUGAAAUGAAUAAAUUAACAAUUUUAACUGCUUCACGUUGUUUAAUGGGUAGUGAUAUUAACAAAGCAUUGGGACAAGCAUCGAACCUCGCUGAUUUGUACCACGAGUUGGAAGAGGGUUUGAAUCCAAUCUCUUUCUUCUUCCCAAAUCUUCCAUUGCCAUCGUUUGCCAAGCGUGAUGCCGCACGUGCCAAGGUUGCCGCUAUUUUCGACUCUAUUAUCAAAGCUCGUCGUAGAUCCACUGAGCCACGUGACGACGUCUUGCAAGUACUCAUGACCAGCAAAUACAAGGACGGUUCCGUCUUGGACGACGAGAAAAUCGUUGGUUUGAUGAUUGGUCUCUUGUUUGCCGGUCAACACACCUCAUCGAUCACCUCGACCUGGGCCGGUUUCUACAUGUUCAACAACCCCGAGUACUUGGAGCAGGUUCUCAAGGAGAUCAACGACUACCACGUCGAAGAGAACAACGGUGAAAUCAACUUUGACGGUCUUCGUAAGAUGACCCGUUUAGAGACAAUCAUUCGUGAGGUUCUCCGUUUGCAUCCCCCCUUAAUUUUCUUGAUGCGUAAGGUCAUGGAGCCAAUCACCUACAAGGAUUUCACCAUCCCAGCCGGUCACUUGGUUGCUGUAUCGCCAGCUGUCGGUAUGCGUCUCGACAGUGUCUUUAAGAACGCCAACGAAUUCAAUCCAAAGCGUUUCGAUCCAGAGAACGACGAGUCUAAGACCCCAUUCUCCUACAUUGCAUUCGGUGGUGGUAAGCACGGUUGUCCAGGUGAGAAUUUUGGUAUCCUCCAAAUCAAGACCAUCUGGUCGGUUCUCCUCCAAAAGUAUGACUUGAAGCUUGGAUCCGUUCCAAAGCCAGACUACACCAAUUUGGUAGCUGGUCCACAAGCUCCAUGCAAGAUCACUUAUACCAGAAAACAAAAGUAUUUUAAUAAAUACAGAUUCAACCCAAACCCUUCUUUCUACACCAAUUAA